AUGGCCGUGGAAGCGAGCAGUCUCCAGCUGACAGACUGGAUCAAGCGACUGUGCCAUACCAAUGGGGAUGCCAUAGCUCUCAUCACUACUUCGAGCCCAUCAAGCUCUUGGAUCGAGAAUCUCCAAGAACUUAUCCCAAGCGACGGAAAGCGACCUUGCCUAGCAAAGGUCAUUAUCGCUUCAUGCGGUUUCGAUAAUGAGGCAGAGGUCACUAAUCUCGCGGACAACAGCCCUUCAGGAGCUCAACUCAUGCCCCUCGCUGCGCUCGAUGAACUCCCGUCGUCGUCACUUGUUCAGGAUAAGUAUGAUUUGAUCGUGAUUGAUGAACCUAGGCUGUGGGAUGACAAAACUACCCAAGCUAUCUUGUCUUGCCUUCCGAACAUCCUUGAACAUGGAGGUAUAGCAGCUAUGCGUGUUUCAGAUACCAACCUAGACGCAGCAGCGGAGAAGCUGCAGCGCUUUGAUGGCCUAGAACUUCACAGCACAACCGAAGAUCACAAGUUCAUCAUCGCCCGCAGGAUGCCACUCUCAUGGACGACAGACUCGGAAUUCUAUGUUUUGAGUCCAGUAGAAAAUUCCAACUCAUCCCCUGUUUUUGAGCACCUGGAGAACAUCUUUGCCACCCAUAAAGUUCGCUUGGUUCCUGUUGGAUUGGAAAAGGUAGGCACACUAGCAGGGAAGACUGUGAUCGCGCUGCUUGACUUGGCAAGUCCUUGGGUGUCUGGCUGGACGGAAAGUGAUCUGGACCGCCUUCGAGAGCUCAUCCAAGUUCAAUACGUCCUUUGGGUAUCGCCAUCCUGGAGCCAAGGAGACGUCAAUAAUAUUGGAUCCGGUGCAAUGGGCGGCCUAUUGCGAACACUUCGCAAUGAGCAGUGGAACACCACGAUCUCACACCCCUUGGUGGACGUAGAAGAUUUGGAAGACAAAUUCGGACUGGCAUGUGGCAUUCUCCAGGUUAUGCAGCUCACAACACAGCAGAGUACCCGCCGGCCAGACUUGGUAUAUCGUCUAGCAAAUGGUCGACUGCUCGUUCCACGGGUCCUUGAGACCCCGGCGGUGGUCGAGGCCAUGCACACUCUGGUGCACGGCCCCAGGCCUGUGCUGUCAGAGUUGGCACUUGAUCCAAGACCCCUCGAGUUGAAGCUCCAUGAUGUAGAAAAUGCACGAUGGGAGGAACAACAACUCUCCGAAGAGCAACCUCGCCCAGAUCACACUGAAAUCAAUGUUGAAAUGGUCACAAUCUUUGAUUUACACGGUGAUCACGGGAAGACACCAGAUACAGCCCUUCCGAUGUUCGAAAUCGUUGGAAAGGUAACUCGUAUUGGAUCUGAUGCGCACGACUCGGCUGUUGGCGAUCAAGUUUUAACGCCAUGA